GGCCGGGCCUGGACAGCGGCCUGGGCCAUGUCGGCGCCGCCUGCCCUGCAGAUCCGGGAGGCGAACGCACACCUGGCGGCCGUGCACCGGCGCGCGGCGGAGCUGGAGGCGCGGCUGGACGCGGCGGAGCGCACGGUGCACGCCCAGGCCGAGCGCCUGGCUCUCCACGACCAGCAGCUGCGCGCUGCCCUAGACGAACUGGGUCGCGCCAAGGACCGUGAGAUUGCCACACUCCAGGAGCAGCUGAUGACCUCAGAGGCCACUGUCCACAGCCUGCAGGCCGCCGUGCACCAGAGGGACAAACUCAUUAGGCAGUUGCAGCCCCGGGCUGAGCUGCUGCAGGACAUCUGCCGCCGCCGACCACCCCUGGCCGGGCUGUUGGCUGCCCUGGCUGAGGCUGAGCGCCUGGGGCCCGUGCCGGCCAGUGACCUCGGCCACCCACCCCCCGGUGGGCCUGGUCCACCCCUUGCCAAUAGCACUGGGGAAGAGGCAGACAGGGACCCCCCCCAGCCUGCGGUGUUUGGGACCACAGUGUGAGCCCGGAAUGCAGAUUCCAGAAUGGAGACAGAAAGCCACUGCUGUCAAUGUCCUUGGGAGUCACCAGCGUCCUGCAGGGGGACCCUAUGGCAGAGCCACAGUCCUGUCUAAGCAUCAGAACGGGCUAAACAGUCAAAGUUUUCAAAUAGGCCCACAGGCCAGAUGCAGAUGUUUAACCCAGACA